AUGACUGAGUAGCGGAAUGGCCUCGCGUGCAUAUGGUGUCGGCGAAGGCGAAAAAUUCUGAAUCCUGCCUCCAAAGUGAAAGAAUUCGAUUACGGGGGUCGCAGCGCAUUCAUAUGAAUGGAAACAGCCUUCGCUUCGAUGACGUAAGCACUCGCACACGUCACAUGGGCGUGCGCAGCGGUGCUAUUAAACAUUAAAAACGGCAAAUGGCGGAACGUCGGCUUUAAUUUACUGUUUUAAUAUUUUUAAAUUUAAAUGUGUUGAAUGUUUCCAUUUUGUGCGCCUUUUGGAGCAAAAGAAAAAGGCCAUUGCUUGGAGUGGGCAGCCAUGUUUUUUCCGGGCUGAGGAGCUUGGUGGGGUCAAAGUGCAUCAUUCGCUGUCGCCUUGUAAAUCUGCACUGCCCUUUAGGCCUGGCAUGAAUACUACAUCGUUUUCAUGCGGAAUAGCGACAUUGUUCAAAAGGAGAACCAUAUAAAUGCAAAUUUGAAAGUUUUCGUAUUCUACGAGAGUCACCAUGUAAACGGCCCCUGAGUCACUGCCUAUUCGUUCCCGGGUCUCUUCCUGUUCUGUAACCCAAAAUCAUCAGGAAGUGCCCCAUAAAAUGCCCCAAAAUCAACAGGAAUUCCCUGAAAAUCAACAGGUAAUGACCUGAAAUGGCCUAAAAUUACCUCGUUGCCUGGCAUUGGCUGCCACUGACAGGCCAUAGAAGUGGGAGGGGCCCGUUCGAAGAGGGAGGGGUUUCAUUACCAGCCACCCUCCCAGUUCAAGUGGAUUAGACGUCUACUAGUGAUAAAUUUACAGCGGAAGGAUAAGGAUAGCUUGUUUUUCUGUUUAUUAGGUGUUUUGUAGAAUAUCCUAGAAUGAUUUCCUUACCAAUGUAUUGAUAAUCGUUGUAUCGCCAUAUCAUGAGAUCGUUAUUGUGAGCUUUAUAUCGCAAAUCGUAUCAUAUCGUGAGGUACCAAUAGGCUCCCUAGUGUGUCUGUGUGAUUACACAUUAUUUUCUCCAUUAUCAGAAAGUCUUGGAAAUGUGCAAUUUAAAUACUUAAAUACUUUGAGCAACUAUCUAAAUAAAGUUAAUUUAUACUCGGUGUUGUCUUGUGUGUUAACAGUUUGGACCAUGGCCAAUAAGUGUGAAAACCCCACGAUGUUUCCCGAUCGUGCGCCUGGCUUAUCCUCUCUGCUCCCGAGAUAAUGUCAAUUUCAAGAGAAAGCGUGGCCUUGCAGUCAGCUAUUUGACUCACCAUCAUACGUGGAUGAGGAGAUCGUGGAGAAAACCGUGCUGCAUGGCAGAGCAGUGGACACACGCAAAUGUCAGUGUCACAUGUGAGGGACCUGUGGCAGAAUGAGGAAGUAGGGUGCCAACAUGGCCACUCCCAGGGGAAACUCUGCACCUUCUCCUCGGACACAGCUCUUUCUUAUCCUCCUCAUCACAUCCCCGGUACCUCUGCUCGCCCGGCCGCUCCUGCUUCACUCGUCCAUCAAUGUGGCAGUGGUGUUCAGCGGCUCCAGCUACCAGAGAGAGGUGCGCGGUCGGCUGAGUGGCGAGAACUUUGUGGACCUGCCCGUUGUGGUCACGCCUGUGACCGUCCUGGUCAACGACACCAACCCUCGUGACCUACUCACCCGCCUCUGUGACACAAUGGCAACAGAGAAGCUGCAUGGGGUCGUCUUUGAGGAUGAUGUUGGAUCAGGUGCCAGCUCACAGGUGGCUGAGGUAGCACAAAUUCUUGAUUUCCUGUCAACGCAGACAGCGCUGCCGAUCGUGGGCAUCAGUGGCGGCUCGGCUGUGGUCAUCCCCUAUAAGGCGGAAGGAUCUUCAUUCCUGCAGAUGGGAGCGUCUCUGGAGCAGCAGAUUCUCUGCAUGUUCAAGCUCAUGGAGGAGUAUGAUUGGGGCGAGUUUGCAAUCAUCACCAGCUUGCUGCCCGGAUACGACACCUUUGUGGAGAUUGUUGAGUCCUACACAGACACCUCCUACUUCAUGUGGGACCUCCAGGACGUCCUGUCCAUUGAGAUGUCCGUUGGGGCCAAUGAUAUGAGGACUAGGCGCAUUCUGCAGCAGGUGGACUCCCAGGUGCUACUGGUGUACUGCUCCUUUGAAGAGGCACACUUCCUGUUCCGCCAAGCGUUCGAGGUGGGCCUGGUGGGACCAGGCUACAUCUGGAUCCUGCCCAGCUUGGCUGUUGGCAACCCUGAGGUACCGCCACCCACCAGUUUCCCGGUGGGCGUCAUCGGCGUCAUCACGGAACAGUGGCGCAAGAGCUUGCGGCAGCGGGUGCGCGAGGGCGUCGCCAUCGUGGCCAAGGGCGCCGAGAGCUUCAAGAAGCAGCGAGGCUUCAUCCCUGAGGGACACGGCGACUGCAGCAAGCCCGCAAAAUACUCCGAGAACAACACGCUCUUCAGGCACAUGCUGAACGUGACGUGGGAAAAAAGGGACCUGUCGUUCAACAAUCGUGGCUUCCUCUCCAACCCUUCCAUGUUUAUAAUCGCCCUGGACCGAGAAAGAGUGUGGGACAAGGUUGGCACCUAUGGCCGGGGCAUACUGCAGGUGCGUUACCCCGUUUGGCCACGUUACGGCAACUUCCUGGAGCACGUGACCGAUGACCGGCACCUGACUGUGGCCACUCUGGAAGAGCAUCCCUUCGUCAUGGUGGAAAACGUGGACCCAGGCACAGGCACGUGUGUUCGCAACACGGUGCCUUGCAGGCGACAGUCCAAUCACACUGAGAGCAUCAUCGGCCACUCUGAGUCCUACACCAAGCUGUGCUGCAAGGGUUUCUGCAUUGAUAUCCUGAAAAAGCUCUCCCGCACCAUCAAAUUCUCUUACGACCUGUACUUGGUCACCAAUGGCAAGCACGGCAAGUUGGUACGCGGCAUUUGGAACGGCAUGAUCGGAGAGGUUGUGUACAGACGCGCCGACAUGGCCAUUGGCUCACUCACCAUAAACGAGGAGCGCUCAGAGAUCAUUGACUUCUCCGUGCCUUUCGUGGAGACGGGAAUCAGCGUCAUGGUUGCCCGCAGCAACGGCACCGUCUCCCCAUCCGCCUUCCUUGAGCCGUACAGUCCGGCCGUGUGGGUUAUGAUGUUCGUCAUGUGCUUGACUGUGGUGGCCAUCACUGUGUUCGUGUUCGAAUACUUCAGUCCAGUAGGGUACAACCGCAGCCUCGUGAGCGCAAAAGCUCCAGGUGGCCCAACCUUCACCAUCGGAAAGUCGGUGUGGUUGCUGUGGGGCAUCGUGUUCAACAACUCGGUGCCUAUCGAGAACCCAAAGGGCACUACCAGCAAGAUAAUGGUGCUAAUCUGGGCAUUUUUUGCUGUCAUUUUCCUGGCCUCAUACACCGCCAACCUGGCUGCCUUCAUGAUCCAGGAGCAGUACAUCGACACUGUGUCGGGGCUUUCUGACAAGAAGUUCCAGAAGCCACACGAGCACUACCCCCCCUUCCGCUUCGGGACGGUCCCAAACGGCAGCACUGAGCGGAACAUCCGCAGCAACUAUCCCGACAUGCACACUCAUAUGAUGAAGUACAACCAAAAGGGGGUGGAGGAGGCGCUCAACAGCCUUAAAACGGGAAAACUGGAUGCGUUCAUUUACGACGCAGCCGUGCUUAACUACAUGGCGGGCAAAGACGAAGGCUGUAAGUUGGUAACCAUCGGCAGCGGUAAAGUGUUCGCCACAACUGGCUACGGCAUCGCUCUGCAGAAAGACUCACGCUGGAAGAGGCUCAUCGACCUGGCGCUGCUGCAGUUCCUCGGUGAUGGGGACACGCAGCGCCUGGAAACAGUGUGGCUCUCAGGCAUCUGCCUGAACGAGAAGAAUGAGGUGAUGAGCAGCAAGCUGGACAUUGACAACAUGGCUGGUGUCUUCUACAUGCUGCUGGUGGCUAUGGGUCUCAGCUUGCUGGUGUUUGCCUGGGAGCAUCUGCUCUACUGGAAGCUGCGCCACUCGCUGCACAAGUCGCAUAAGCUUGACUUCCUGUUGGCGAUCAGCCGGGGUAUCUACAGUUGCUUCAAGGGGGUGGAGGAUCACGGUCGUUUCUCCCAUCUGGCCAAACCUGACCUGACAUCCAACUAUGCCCAAGCCAACAUGUUGAAGAUGCUGCGAACAGCCAAGGACCUGGUUUCCACUGCUAACGUAGAGAGCUCCCUGGACAAUGCCACUAAGACGAUUGAGCAUUUCAGCCGGCACAGCGGAGGCAGCUUGCCAGUUCGUGCUCCUCACGUUGCUACCGAAACAGUACCCGGAGGCUUUGCAUACAUCAUGGAAAACCACGCAUCCUUCCCGCAACAAUCCAUCUCCCCACAAAAGAGUGUGAGCAGGCCCACACCACUGCGAUACACGCUCCCUACCCACUCCACUUCUUGUCUGUACGAGCGGCCACUUCCUAUCUCCAGCCUCAGCAGUCCACACUUGGCGGUCAGCGAGACACAACCUGAUCAAUAUCCCCGCCAAUACCAGACCACGGGAAGACUCUAUGUGGAUACCCACCCUCACUCCAGGUUCAUCUCUUGCACCGAUCUGCAGCUGCCUGACAUCUACACAUCCCAUCCCGUCCCUCUGCCCCAAAACCAGAACACGGAGGCAGGAAUCUACCAGAGGAAACGGAGGUCAAAGAGCUUUCAGUGUGGGGAUGGCGACGCAGAGAGAAGGAAGUACAAGGAUUGCGAGAAGAACAAAAUCUGCCUCAGUGAACUGAAAGCCAACAACCUCCAGGGAAAUCACAUUUCUGCCCCCAGCAUGGAGAGCAUCUACUCGGUGGAGGGGACAUGUCCUCCAGUAGAGAACUACAGAUCCUGGCCUCCGGAGGAUGUCAUGCUGAGGGGGAGACGCAGGCGCCGCCGCCCAUCGUUCCUUAAAGCCACAUGGGGCAGCGAGCAAAUCCACCAGCUGGACGAGUCCCAGUCGUCUCUUUCCAGCCAGUCGCCCUCUACACUUCCUGACCUAUUCCCAUGCAUCCUCACGCCCACCAUGGCUGCAAAGGCCCACAACCCAGACCACUUCCGGAAUAACCUGUGCCUGCCACGGAACCAGGCCUACCUUCACAUAAGGGAGGAUCACAGAAGGCCUGCUGGGCGUAAAGGUCAAAGGCUGAGAUAUUCGCAUUCCACCCAUCUCCCAACAUAUGGCGAGGCAGUGCAGUACAGUGCCGGGUUCGGGCGGGGAAUGGUACGGAGAGCCACCAGCCUGCUCAGCAGACAAUACGCCCACUAUCUGAACUCCUGUACUGGGCUACCGCUGUACCAAUCGCCCCUUAACCUGCAAAACCACAACCAGGCUCCAGGCAGUCAUCAAGCAACCAGCCCUAUGUGCCAAUUGCUGGCCUGCGGCGGUGGACGAUGCAGGGGUCAACGGGCCCUGCUGUAUCAGGACAGCCUGUACGGAGCAUACGGCAUCUAUCAGAGUUCCCAGACAGGAUCAGAGACUCAAGGAAGUCAAGGAGGAGUUGCCCAGUCAACAAGGAGCCCUUGUGCGCUCCAGCCCUGGAGACGGGUGUCCAGUUUGGAGUCGGAGGUGUGACACAUAGAGACCGACGAGGAAAAUUUACAACUGAUCACUGUGGAGAAAGUUGGCUUGUUGCUUUUUGAGAAGACCUAGUGUCAAAAUAGAUGUGAACAUCUGCACUGUUUACUGUUUAAAAAAACGAGGAGGUUUUGUGCGCGGUGUCACCGUGUGGUAGAAGUAUAACCAGAGUUGUCAUGCUGUGAUAUUUGUGGUGUUCAUAUUUUACUGUGGUUGGGAUUCAAACUUUGGUGUCACAUCACCAGCUGUGGGGAGAUAUUAUCGGGGAUUAAAGGAUCACAUCUGUUCAAACUGUCACCCAAAACAAAACACAAAGCAGCCACUGUAGCGAUGCGUCAUGAAAGAACGCACACGUGAAGAGUUCAGAAUUUUUUUUGACAGGGUAGCGCUUUGCCAGGAUGACAUAAUCAGUUUGAGACGUCUGCAAACAGACAUCAGGUACCUUCUUUGUAGUGGUUGGCUGUCUAUUUUUAUAUCAAAUAUUACUCUAAAUUGUUAUUGUCAGAGAAGGAAAAUGCACGGAUCUGUAGCCUUUGUUUCAGCUUAUUGUUUGACAUUAAUAUAGCUUUUGUUGUGGGUUAUCUAUAAUGUUUGUUAGCAGGAUUAUGCAAAGACUGCAAGUCCAAGUUACACUAAACAAUAAGGGUGUAACGGUUCACGAGGAUGUAUUGAACCAUUUCGGUUUUGCGUGUUUGGUUCGGUUCACUUGCUUACCGUUCAGUUUUAUUUUAGUCAUAUUUUUUCCUCAUAAAAUUGAUUAUUAGCACGAGUGAAGCACUGUGUGCGAUACCCAAGUCCUGUCGGAGUUUCCACAGGGACGCCUUUAGUGCACUUCCACAUUUGACGAGCUUCCUCGCAACAAAACUUGCAAAUGACUUGUUGAAAAGGUUCAGCAUUCAAACUGCGCUUGCCGAACUAUCUGCCUCACCCCAUCCCUUCGGAAAAAUGGAGUAAAAAAAACAACUGAAAAAUAGAGCCUCGGGUGCAGGCGUUUGCUUCUUUAAUACUGUAACAAUGACAAGGAGGUGGGAAGCUUCGUCAGGCUUUUAAUCCUUUGUUUUUGAACUUAUGCAUCACAUCACGGCUAUUGUCCGCCGUAGGCGAAGCUGACAACAGCAGACAGUGUUGUCACAGAUCACAAAAAGUAAUUAGUUACCUAUUUUUUUCACCAAAGUAAGUUACUUUAAAAGUAAUUCGUCGGUUACUUUUUACCAUUUUUGUUCCCUUUGCCACCUCAACAUAUGAAUGACAACAGAAAAAUGUCAUCGCAUGUUAAUUGACUUACCGAUAAUUGUAUUUAUACGGGAAGAAUUUUGCACAUAAGGCAAUCUCCGAGUGAGCGGAGGUUUAAUUAGUCGAUGGAGUUGAUUUGAACCACCAUUAACUCGCACUAGCUUAGCCACUCCGGACCCCUAAAUCUAACAAAUAACUGACAAACUGCAUGGAAUGACUAAUUAAACCCAGCUAAUGCGAAGAUUGGGCCUAAUGUCAAAAAUUCUGAAUUUCGGGUUAGGGUUUAGGGAUUAGGGUUAACAGUAUAUCACUGCCAAUACAAAACGAUGCAAAUUGACUGCACAAUAAUCAACAACACACAAAUUAACUGCACACUGCAAUAAACACAAAGGUGGAGGCGGGCGCGGAUGCGCGCGCACAACCCAGAAGUACGCCAUACACACACGUGGUCAGUUUGGCUACAAAACAUGGCGGCAGCUAAACACUUUACAUUCAACCGGACUUACAACUAGGGCUGUCAAAAUUAUCGCGUUAACUGGCGGUAAUUAAUUUUUUAAAUUAAUCACGUUAAAAUAUUUGAUGCAAUUAAUGCACAUGCCCCGCUCAAACAGAUUAAAAUGACAGCACAGUGCAAUGCCAACUUGUUACUUGUGUUUUUUGGAGAUUUGUCGCCCUCUGCUGGCGCUUGGGUGCGACUGAUUUUAUGGGCUUAAGCACCCAUGAGCAUUGUGUAAUUAUUGACAUCAACAAUGGCGGGCUACUAGUUUAUUUUUUAUUGAAAACUUUACAAAUUUUAUUAAAGCGAAAACAUUAAGAGGGGUUUUAAUACAAAAUUUCUAUAACUUGUACUAACAUUUAUCUUUUAAGGACUACAAGUCUUUCUAUCCAUGGAUCGCUUUAACAGAAUGUUAAUAAUGUUAAUGCCAUCUUGUUGAUAUAUUGUUAUAAUAAACAAAUGCAGUACUUAUGUACCGUAUUGAGUGCAUAUAUCCAUUUUGUGUCUUAUCUUUCCAUUUCAACAAUAAUUUACAGAAAAAUAUGGCAUAUUUUAUAGAUGGUUUGAAUUGUGAUUAAUUACAAUUAAUUUUUAAGCUGUAAUUAAUUUGAUUAAAAAUGUUAAUCGUUUGACAGCCCUACUUACAACACAUCCCAAAGAUGCUAAACGAACAUGUCACCUCACGGCAUAAAUGUGCAACACGACAAUGAUCACUGACUACUCGCCGUUGCAAUGGCAAAGCUUCGAAACGGCCAACCUAUUGCUGGAACCCUCCGGAAUGAAGGAAAAAUACUCACACUCUUUCGUGGACGCACACAGAUCAACAUUCCCUCGCACAUCUCAACAGGUGGCUGCACUCAGCUCGAAUGUGCACCCGUGCUGGCACAUGCCUUUCUCAGUCCCAAAACACUUAGCGCGUGUGACUCGAGACCAAAACCGGAAGAAUUAUGAGCAGUUACCGUGGAAACGAAGACGUAGCAGGAACCUUUCUAACAUUUCCUAUUCAAAAUGCUCUUCGUACAUGACUACAAGUCUUUAUUUGACAUACAUUAUGAGGCAACAACAAAAUAGUAACGCACAGACACUAAGGAAACUAAUCAGAUUACCGGUUUGGAAAAAUGAACGCGUUAGAUUACUCGUUACUGAAAGAAAGUAAUCAGAUUACAGUAACGCGUUACUUAGUAACGCAUUAGUGACAACACUGACAACAGAACAUAGAAGGAGAAGGUAUCCUGCUCUCUCAACUCUCACACGGUGUGUUCAGGAACAGCAUGCAUAACACAACCGCCACUUUUUAGAAUCCAAAUCUGUGUAUAAAAUGCAAUUGCUUAGCUCAGAACGACAACGAACGAACCAGAGUUCAUUUGUUUGGUCCGAACUAGAGUUCGGAUACACAUUCACAUUCCCAAAAUGAAGCGAACUACCUGAGAAACAGUGCGAGUGUGAAAGCCCCCUAAGUUUCGGACAGUCUGUCAAUUUAGACUUUACAGCCUCUAAAGUCCUGUAAAUUAUAGACAUGACAACGGCAACAUGAGAAAUGCUAGAAAAAGGCUUGAGCUGAGAGACUGCCAUACUUCACUACUGUUGGGGUGCAGCAACGGGUGUCCGGCUAAAGACGCUUCUGUUAUCACCACAGCUGUUGAACACUUUUUUGACUUCCUCGUUAAACCUAUCAAUGGACAAAGGCAAGUGGAUACAUUUUAUUAAAAUAAUAAUACAAUAAUUUAAAAAAAAAUUCUUGUGGUUUUUUUCUCCCACUUAUACCAAAUCGACCAUGAAAAAGACUAAUUGAAUUGUUAUUUUUUGAUUUGGCUGAGAACUAUGACAUCAUGUCCAUGCAUCCAAAAGCUCAAAUAAAAAGAUGUAUACAAAAAAUAGUAAAUACCUUUUAUUUAUUUACACACAUUCUAUUGUUUAGAUUUUAAAAAACAAAAGCAUUUAAAGUUUUUUUCUUGCAUUUUUUGUGCCAAAAAUGAACCGAACCGAGCACUUCAGAAAUCGAAAUUACAUUUUGAUGUACUGUUACACCCCUACUAAAAAAGAUUACCGAAGGGUGGUCUGAGCCACAGAAUGGAGCAUUAUGGGAUUUGGAGCAGACUAAGGGGCCGUUUACAUGGUGAUGCUCCGAGAAUACGACAAAUUUCGAAUUUGCAUUUAUAUGGUUCCAUCUCCAUUCAAACAAUGUCGCAAUUCCACGUGAAAACGAUGUAGUAUUCAUGACGGGCCCUAGGGGUCAGUGCAAAUUUACAAAGCAACAGCCAAUGAUUCACUUUGACACCAACAACCUCCUCAGCCCGAAAGACAACAUACCCGCCCACUCCAAGCAAUCACAUUUUUGUUUUGCUUCAAAAGGCACAAAAAUGAAAAAUGUUUAAAUUAAAAAUAAUAUUAGAAACAGUAAAUUAAAGCUGACAUUCCACCAUAUUUGCUGUUUUUAAUGUUUAGUAGCACCGCCGCGCACUCCCAAUGUGACGUUUCUGAGUGCUGACGUUAUCGGAACGGGAGCUUUCCAUUGAUAUGGAUGCGGAGCAAGCCCCCUCAAUCGAAUCCUUCCAUUUUGGAGCCUGGAUUUAAACAUUUGUGUCUUUGCCUUCCAUUUUUGCCGACGCCAUAUAAAGGCGAGGCCAUUCCGCAACAUAAUCCUUGCGUCUUGGUGUCGCAGAGUCACCAUGUAAACUGCCCCUAAAAAUGACAACCCUAAAUCCUCAAUGUUAACCUAACCUUAACCUCUAAACCGAAUCUUACCCCUACCUCUCAGCUCGAACCCUAACCUUAAACAUUUUCAUUCUGGACCUAUUAUCAUCCUCCAGGAACUUGGAAAUAACCAGCCACAAAACAAACGCAGCACCACUGACAGAGUUUGAUCUGCUCUGUUCCUUCCAGUUUAGCUUCGUUUUUGUGUGUCACAAGUGGUCAUGCAAGCGUUUUGCCAGUCAGUCCCUAAUGAAUGACUUCAUCGACCCAUGUUGCAGCUAAAGAUUCCAAUAUUUCCCUCAGGGGUUGACGGAAACCAAAUAAAAGGGGGAAAAAAACUAAGCAGAUGGAAGUCGGACACAGCUGACUGAACUUAAGACGACAUUGCUCUACCUAAUAUAACACGAUGUUGCUGCCGCCAUGGUGAAAAAAAUGAAUGUUUUGGGCUUAUAUACGAGGAAAUGGUUUAUGAAUGCAGUCCACAUGAUCACAAUUUGCAAGGAAGAUUUCUGGACAGCACUGACCAGCACGAGGUGUCUUAUUCAUUCAACCAUGGGCUCCUCACUGGGUCUCCUUACGGGGCCAUAAUACAGCACAGAGAACACAAGGGCCUCAUGAUACUUACUAAUAUUUAUUUGGAAAUGUUAUAUUGAUAUGAAUAUAAUGUGUUAUUUAAGUGUCAUUUGUGUAAUCUACUUAGGAAUUUAUAGUCACUCACAAAUUUUGUAUUCACAUUUCUGGCACAUGGUGUAAUGACUAGCAUAUUUGUUACAAUUGUACUUACACGCUCAGUUUGCCGAUUAGGAUUUUCAUCACUCUUUUUUCCACUGUUUUGUAUUCCCUCUUCGUCCCUGCUUUUGUUCCGUCACUGAUUGCUUAAUGAUCAAUUUUAAAUGAGGUGAUUGAAAGCUAUUAUUCUAUCUAGAUUACCCAUCUCCCCCACCCUGUAAUGAAUCACUUAGACCAAUUAAAGAGCCUUUUUUGGACGACUACAAAUUGGUGUCUAUUUUUCUAAACACCCCCGUCCACCUUGAUUUAAAUCAGACAAUCACUGGUGAGAUUUUUAGCUGGUUAAGGCAGCCAAUGUGUGCUGCAGGAAAUUAUCUGCCAAGUCAUACAUUGUAAUAUUCUGAGAGAAAUCUCAUAAUAUUAUGAGAUUAAAGUCGUAAUAUUACGAGAAAGAAAUCAUAAUGUUACGAGUUUAAAGUUGUUUUAUUAUUUUUGCGUAACGUGAACCGGAACUUGUUUAGCUUCACGGG